UCAUACACCUGCUUAGACAGAACAAGACAUCAGAUUUUGGGCCCGUGGAGAAGCUGGCCGGCCCCUUGGCUAAAACAGUCGUGGAAAUCAACCGCAGUUUUCUCGAAGCAAAGGUGCAGUUCCGCACUGUCUUGAUCAACGUGUAUUCCACCAAUGCCGAGUUCGGCGAGAGAGUCUUCAGCCGGGAUCCCAUGGAGCAGCAGGAUUGGUGGAAGUCUACAUCAGUACCACACGCUCAAAUAACCUUCAAUUCGGACAUUGCUACGUCCAUCGGAGGGACAUUGACAUCUCAGGUUUCUACCACCCCCGCCACUGAGCGCUCCCUAUUUCUACUGCGGGCCUUCUCUCGCCUCGCCAUCAGUUUACCAGAAAUAGAAGAGCGUUUCACUCCGAGCAAGAUUGUCAACGAUAAACUUCUCUGGAAAUGGGGCCUCGACUCGAAUCGCAGUAUCCUGGUCGUCCAGAAGGCCGGUGCCAGCACAGACGAAGCCGCAAGAUUGGGCGCCAUCAUCAACAGCCGCCUCUUGUCCGACAACUUCCCCACGGGAGCGCGGUAUUUCCAACAUGUCUUCUUCUUCGCAUUUCGAGACUGGGACCCUCGAUGCAACUCGGUCGAGGCACUGCUCUGCACAUUUCUGUCCAACUUGGCGCGUUGGGAGGUAAACUACGUCGAUAAUUCAAACAGCCGCUGUCUGACAAACGACUGGGAUGAAAAGGUGCUGGGCCACCGCUUCUGGAACUUGGAGUUUCUGUGGUUUCGAGUAUACCAAGCCGUGCAGUAUUUGACCUACGGAGAUGGCCGCUUUCUGUUCUGGACACUUGCCAACGUUGACGACAAAGACAAGUCUCACCGAUGGCUGUUGAAGAAGCUCGAGACCAUGGCCAUCGAUUCAGACAUCAAGUUCAAGCUAGUGAUUGUCAACCAUGACUCUCCGCCGCCUAGUCUAACAUCCCAGAACUUAAAGAUCGCCGUGGGCGACAUCAACCGACAAGCUAACACAGAGAAAGAGACAUCACUACCAGAAAUCGAUGCCGAGACCGAUACGAAGAUUGCCGUGGGCGACAUCGACCGGCAAGCUAGCACAGAAGAGGAGACGCCGUCACCGGACCUGGAUACUAAGACAGAUGCCAAGGCUGACAACAAGGAAGUCUCCGACGAGGAACACAUCCUUCUUCAACCACUUGCGAGAGACUUGGAUACGUUGGACAAUAUGAGCAAGUCAUUGGAGUUGGUGCUCGAGUUUCCGCGGCUAUAUCCCUUAAAGUCAUCACUUGCCAAGUUGUUUGCAGAGAGUGAGGCAGAGGGCUUGGGAGAAGCCCUAUGUGUCUGGGUUCGAGAAAAGGGCAUUGACACCCCAAUCGACAGCCUGGAGCAGGAAAUUACACAGCUCUCUCCCAUUUCCCCCGAGAAGUUGUUUAAGCAGAUAAUCCUACCGACCCUUGCGCUUCCUCGGACGAAAGAGUGGGCAAUCCCAACGCUUGAAUUGCUCCUUCACGCGUUUCGUCCCCUCACAAUCUACGAGGUAGAAGAUCUUGUAACCACGCAGCCCAGCAAUCAACUACAAGAGGAUGAAAGUUCCCAAGCGCCCCGCUAUGAGGCGUCCAUGACUGGGCUUCAUGGUCUCGUCGUUGUACGACACAGCGAGAUUCAUUUCGGCCAUCCCGCUUUCCGACAGUUUCUCCUGGCUGGGGAGGGCGGCCAAAAGCUUCAAGCCUCAAGUGAACUACACGCCAGGAUCACCUCUGCUUGCCUAGAAUACUUGCUUUCGGCCGUGGACAACGGGUUGCUGAGUGAUUAUCAAGAGGACGAUACAAUGCCCGAGUCGCGGCUGGACUUUUCCUCCUACGCCGUCAACUACUGGCUACGGCAUCUCAAGCUAGCAAGAUCUGAUCUCUCUCCCGACUCGCCACCUAUCAAAAAGUUGAUCGAACAUGAAACUGCCCUCGACGUCUGGGCAAAGGCUUACUGGAACCGCUCAAAUCCUACGACGCGCUCCCCUGCAUCUUGCAUUUCAUCUGCGGCCAUUGCUGCCGAACACGGGCUGGAAUCUCUACUCGAACGGAUUCUCAAAAAGCGGAAGCAGCUUUCUUCUUUUGAAGAGGAAUGCUUCCAUGCUCUGGAGGCUGCCGCUAGAAACGGACACGGCUCACUCGUGCGCAAACUCCUGACAGUACCACUUCCAGAAGACCGGAGGCUGGAAGCGGUGGCUCUGGCGACCCUAGACGGAAGACACGUCGAGAUCUUUCGCCAGAUAAUCCAGAAGCUGGACGUGGAGGCAACAAGCCCCAGAGCCUUGUCCGAAAUUUUCCAAAAGGUUGCACUACUGGGGCUGGUCAAUGAGAUGAAGCUUCUCAUUCCCCUGAUGCCAGCCGACACGGAUUGGGAUCCAAUCCUAUACACGGCAUGCAUGGGUGGCAGCUUGGAAUCGGUGAAGCUUGUUCUCGAAAGUGUUCCCAAGCGUGCCACGCCGCCUACUGUCUCGGGUGACUCUGAUGAGCCUGAGACUACCGAUAAAUCCGAAGCUCCUGGGGGAGAUGAAGCCACGGAAGACGAAGAUAAAGCUACGGAAGAUAAGGCUGCGAACGAUGAAGCCGCGGAAGAUGCCGAAACCCCCAAAGUUGUUGGUGAUCCGGGGCCUACAAAAGAGCCGCCAGCUUCUGGAGAGCUCAGCAGUGUCGAGGAGCCCCCUGCUGCCGAGGGUACCGAUGCUUCCGAGCGCUCAGAGGUAGCCAAAGAGGCCAAAGGUGCCAAAGACAGCGAUGCUUCUCAGAGCUCAGAGGUAGUUGAAGAGGCCAAAGUUGCCGAAGAUAGCGAUGCUUCCGAAAGCUCUGCGGAGGCCUCUGAGCGCUCGGCAUCCCCGGAGUCUAAAGUUGCCGAAGAGCCCAAGGCACCUGCUUCUGCUCUCGAGGUGGCUUGUAUCUACGGCCACGUCGAGAUAAGCGCGUUUCUCGCGGAGAAAAAGAUCAUAUCAGCGCGUGCCAUCAACAAAGACGAGCCGGAGCCAUCCGAUAAAGAGUGGUUCGACAUGUUUGCCAAGGCGAUUCACAUCGCCGAGCAAUCGGGCCAAUCCGAAGUCCUUCGGAGUUUGUUGGCUGUUGCGUCCAAGUGGGAUUACACGAGCUACUCUUUUGCACUGGAGAGAUGCCUUCCCUGUCUGACACAACACCACGUAGUUAGGUGUUGUAAAGUGGUUUUUGACCAAUUCGCCAAGUUUCUAACUCCAGAGGAGGUGAGCGAAAAGGCAAAGCCCCAAUUGAAGAACGCGGUUGAGAGAGGAGACCCCGACAUGUUACGAGAGCUGCUCUCUCGCAUUCACGGAACGAUAGACAAGGAGACCCGCGAUGAGCUGUGGAAAGCAGCCAAGGACAAGGGCGACUUGGCACUAGACGUCUUCAGCCUGCUUGCAGACGAAGGUUCCAAGGUCUGGGGUAAGGAAGAGCUCAGCGACGUGCUCGGAGCCACACUUUGUGCAGCAGCAAAGAGCAACUCGCCAAAGCUCGUCGACUUUCUCAUUGAGCGCGGGGCAGAGCUCAACAAACAGGACGAACUCGGCCGCACGCCUUUGUUCCAAGCGGCGUGGCACGGCAAUAAUGGGAUCGUCAAGAGGUUGAUUGAGGCGAAAGCAGAUCUCGAGAGCACUGCCCCUUGCGAUGACAAUGGGUGUUGCGGCUGGACGCCGCUCUUUGCUUCCUAUGACCAAGCGGAAACCCUCGAAAUACUGCUCGAAGCAGGAUCGAACGUAAACGCCAAAAGCGAGCAUGGAACGACAGUUUUGUGGCUGUCGGGCACAAGAGGUCACAUGGACGCAGUCAAGACGCUCAUCAAAGGAAAACCCGAGGUUGCCACUCUGGACACUUUACUCAACAGGAAAACCCCCCUCUCGGAUGCGGCGGCGCGUGAGAAUCCCGAGGUUGUCCGGCUCCUGCUCGACGCCGGAUCGAACCCGUCGGCGUUUCCAGCCGAGGACCUGGAAGCUCCGCUUCUCCAUGAAUGUGUCAAAAACUCCAACCUGGAGAUUUUGCGCAUGUUCCUAGAGUAUCCUCUGCCUCUUGAUCAGCGGGACGGAGACGGGAACACGCCCCUCACGAGCAUUACUGCAGACACGUCGGUUCCAGUCGUCAGGCUCCUCGUGAACCGAGGUGCAUCUCUCGAGUUGACCAACAGCAGUAACCUAACCCCCCUGGGGAAGGCCAUAACCGUUGGGAAUAUCGAUGUUGCCAAGUAUCUAAUUUCCGUCGGCGCCAAUGUCCAGGCCUCGGUCGGCCGGAGUGGCACCAUACUGCACGUGGCAUGCAGCACAGGGGAAGGCGGGUUGCCUGCGGUCAAGCUUCUCAUUGAUAGCGGAGCAGAUGUCAACAACGCCGACCCAGGGGCAAACGGGACUCCUUUCCAAGCGGCCUGUCGUCGGGCGGAGACCGACACCUUGUCCGACACAGUCGAGAUCAUCAAUUACCUCGUCGACGAUGUCAAGAUCCAAGUCAGGCAGCAGAGCAACUGGUGGGGUUCCAAUCUCAGCGUUGCCUGCUUGGUUGCGGAUCUGGAUGUUGUCGAUAAGCUCAUUGAGCGAGGCGCGGAUGUCGAAGCCGAGGACAGGAUGGGGAGACAGCCAAUCCACUUCGCUCUAUUCCGCACCGUGGCCUAUGUGGAGCGUCUCCGUAGCCAAGGAGCCGACCUGUUUGACACCGACCUCAUGGGCCGCGGCCCCCUCCACAUUGCGGUCCUGAGUGGACGGCUGGAGCUGGUACAGUACGUUCUUGCGCAAAAAGAGGGCCUAGCCACUGAGAGGGACGUCGACAACUGGACGCCCCUUCUGUGGGCCGUCUGUUUCGUCGGGAAUUGGAAGACGGAGACAUCAGAACGGGGAGCCAUUGUCAGCGAACUGCUCAAGCACGGAGCCAGUCGGCUGACCGAGGGAGAGGGCCUAGACAGGACGUGGACCGCGUUCAAGCUGGCUCGGUACUACGGAUUGCCUGAAGAGAUUAUCGAUCUUGUCACGCCGACGGAAGACGAGCUCAAAAGCCUCGGCAAGGACGAAGGCCCGUGGCGGUACAGCAUUCGCAACGACACCAAGGAGGCAAAGGUGUAUCCAAGGUCGUUCUGCGAUGCAUGCCUGAUGGUGUUGGCUGGUGUGUACCACUUGUGCGACGAAUGCCCCGGGUUCUGCCUCUGCUUCAAAUGCUACCGCUCCAAGAACACCAUCCACCCCGAGCACGAUUUCCACGACACGGGAGAAAGCAACGAGUAUGUGGAGGACCAGGCGGACGAUACCGUGGCUACCACUCCGGGGGCUACCACGGACGCGGGCGGAGACGGAAACACCUCGUCGAGCUCUGAACACCCCGAAGCAGACCCCCUGGAGGCACUAGUCAAGACCAGAUCAGAUGAUAGCGACGAUACCGGGGAGGAGGAGAGUAGCGACGAGGAGGAGGAGGAAGAGGAGGAGGAAGAGGAGGAGGAGGAGGAGGACGGAGAAGGGGACGGAGACGAUGAAGAGGAGGAAGAGGACGACGACUGAUAUAUUAGUCUAUAUGCGGGCUUGAUCUUGGCGGCCGAGGCUGCCGUGCGUCGUGUGUGGAUUUUGUGUCUGGUGCGAGUUUUCUGUUUCUAGAUGG